UCCCUGCGCCCCGCCACCCGGCUCCCAGAACUCCAACCAUGAAUCCCGAGUAUGACUACCUGUUCAAGCUUCUGCUGAUCGGAGACUCUGGCGUGGGCAAGUCCUGCCUGCUGCUCCGCUUUGCUGAUGACACCUACACCGAGAGCUACAUCAGCACCAUCGGGGUGGACUUUAAAAUCAGGACCAUCGAGCUCGAGGGGAAAACUGUCAAGCUUCAGAUAUGGGACACCGCAGGCCAGGAGAGGUUCCGCACCAUCACCUCCAGCUACUACCGGGGCGCCCACGGGAUCAUCGUGGUGUACGACGUCACCGACCAGGAGUCUUUCAGUAACGUGAAGCAGUGGCUGGACGAGAUCGACCGCUACGCCAGCGAGGGCGUGUCCAAGGUGCUGGUGGGAAAUAAGUGCGACCUGGGAGCCAGGAAGGUGGUGGACUUCACCACCGGACAGGAGUUCGCCCAGUCCCUCCGCAUCCAUUUCCUGGAGACGAGCGCCAAAGACGCCACCAACGUGGAGCAGGCCUUUGUCACCAUGGCGAUGGAGACCAAGAAGCGGAUGGAUAUGGACGGGAUGCAAAGCGAGGCGGAGAAGGCGGGCUCCCUGCUUGACAGUGCCCCCCUGUGGCCAGGAGGGGACCAGCAAGGAGGAGAGGAGAGCAGCUCCUGCUGUUAACAGCUGUUAACCGUAAGGCCUCACUACACAAGGCGAGGUAUUGCUUAAGAGCAGACACUUCCAGUUUCACUGACCAGCCUUGGUCUUUAUCCACGGGCCUUUCGAUACCAUGUGUGGCAAUGUGCUUGAAUUUAUUCUCAAUUCCUCAAAUUCAUUCCCCUUUCAGACACUUUCAUGGAGAGUGAAAGUACUGCACCCCUCUUAAAAAUGUCCAGCUAUCAAGGUCAUGAUGCUGUUUUACACACAAAAGUAUCUGCCCCUGUCUGUCGGACAGUGCUCAUUGGUUGGGACUACGUUUAAUAGUCAUGUUCAAUAGGAUAGAUAAGAAAGCCCAAUAACUAUAAUAAAAUGCCUGCAAUUUGUUUGCAUUUAAAAUUCCAAUUCCAUUCUAAAUCUCCAUGCUCAAGACUCUGCAUGGCUUGGCACCUCAGUACCUGUGUGAGCUACUAUCG